AGCCUUUAAAUUCAAAGCAAAAAGGGGGGAAAUAACAUUAAAAUCAAAAGAAAAAUAUGCGUUGUUUUCCUACAUCGGAUAUCUACUUUCGUAUUGAACUCAGCGAUGGCUGGGAUCGUUAUUGUCGUUGGCCAAAUAAAAAAUGGAAACUCAAGCAAUUACAACCCCCCACAACAAUGAACUAUUGGCGUGAUCUUGAGGGCAGCAAAAAAGAGCAGAUCAUGUUGGCAGAUUUAUAUUUUGAAAACUGGAUAAAAUCACGCUUAAAUGAGGGUGCUUGCCUGCCGUUACUAUACGCAUGCGGCAAUCGUUUCAUACGUUUGGAAAAAGAUUUUCCCGCGGGCUUUAGAUGUGCACCACUGCCAAUGAGUUUAAAAGAAUAUAAGGAAAUGCAGGCCAUAAUAAAAGAGGAACAGAAACAGAAAAAGAAAGCUGAGAAGGAAAAGAAAGCCCUGGCUAAGGCGCAAAAAGGGAAGAAGGGCAAGAAAUAAAAUGCACAAGCAAGAGUUUUUCGCUAAGUAAAAUACGAACUAUUUAAAAUUAGAUAUAAAAAUACAAAAUUCUUGUUAUGAAAUAUUUAAAUUAUCCUUUUCAAAGAUAGCGAAAAAUAUAACUGAUAAACAGAG